AUGAGCAGUGACGUGUCAAGCCCCAUUAGUGAAGUGCCUUUCGUUGAGAAAUUUCUCGGUGAAGUAGAAUGCGAGGAAUAUUUACCCACAUUUGAGAAAUUCCGUUUAUUUGAUGAGGAUAGGCUAUAUUACUUGGAUCGUGAGAUUCUAGAAGAACUUGGAGUGAAGAAGAUUGGUGAUAAGAUCAAGAUUUUGAAACAAUCUCGUCAGCUUAGAAGAGACGCUUCUGGGUUCAACCCCAAGAAAGAACUCGUCGAGAUCACCGCCAAAAUCAAUGCUUUGAAUUCAAAUCCACUGUCGAUUAAUGAGGAGUUGGUUACUGAUAAACACUCGGUGAUUUUCAUUUUGAACGAUGGGUCUGCAAAGAAAGUUAACGUUAACGGGUGUUUCAAUGCCCAUUCGAUCAAGAAGAAACUAAUCAAACGUUUACCAUCGGAAUUCAUCUCUAUUGAUCCUGUUACAAAGGAAGCCACUCAUUCGUCCCAAGAUUACGACGUGUUUGUGGUGGAUUAUGUGAAGAACGUGUUACAUUUGCUAUACGAUGUGGAACUAGUCACAAUUUGUCACUCAAGCGACCGCUUGGAGAAGAACAGGUUGAUAUUUGUAUCUAAGGAUCAGACUCCAAGCGAGAAAGCUAUCUUCACCUCGAAAAAAGUUUAUUUGAAGACAUUGAGUGUCAUGCAACAGAUGGGGUCUCAACCAGGAGCUGGAAGACCACUGUUAUCAGGACCUGGAACCAAUGCCUUGAGGAUUGAGAAUAGAAGCGAUAAUAUCCGAGAAAUCUUCACACAAAGACCUCCUACUGAGUUGAUUUCUACCAAUUUACCUGAAUACUUCCCACAUACAGACAUUAACAGGUUGAAGAAGACUUUAAGAAAUUCUAUGAGACAAUCAAUCCGUGCCAGUAUGAUUAGGGGGAAGAAUGGCUCACUAGUGUCGUUAGCAGGCUCUAACAAGAUCGGAGACAUCUUGGUUAAUCAAUCACACGCCGUCGACAGAGCAUUAUUGGAAAGUAUUCAAAAUGAUGGGAGCGCAUCCAAUUCUGCGGAUCAUGCCGUUCCUAUGCAUAAUACUUCAACAAAUGGGUCAGAUGCUUCUACUGCAUCCCUCACUCCCUUGAUGAAACGUACGUCGAUAUCCAGUAACAGUAGAAACAGCAAAUCUUCGGUACGUGGCAGAUCAGGGUCAGAAUCUGGUACCUCAGAAUCCAACGAUAAGAUCGAGUUGUACAGCACAGAUACCGAUACAGAAGGCGAAGAAGAUGAUGCAGAAGAUACUAUCUCGUUACCUACCAAAGUGGAGGCACCAAAAUCCUGGCUCAAAGGUGCUAGAAUCGGUUCUGGUAGUUUCGGUAGUGUUUAUUUGGGUAUGAAUGCGGAGACCGGUGAAUUGAUGGCCGUUAAGCAAGUCGAACUUAAACCAACUGCAGUGACCGCAGGCGUAGUGUCAAUUGCGGAUGAAUCAAAGAAAGCACAUAGUCCAGGAGGUGGAAACACUGCUGUCAAGAACACCUCUCAAAUUCACAGGAAGAUGAUUGAUGCUUUACAACACGAAAUGAACAUUUUGAAAGAGUUGCAUCAUGAAAAUAUCGUCACAUACUAUGGAUCAUCUCAAGAAGGUGGCAAUUUGAACAUUUUUCUUGAAUAUGUGCCUGGUGGUUCAGUAUCUUCCAUGUUAAACAACUACGGCCCUUUCGAUGAGCCAUUGGUAAAGAACUUUACAAGACAGAUCCUCAUUGGUUUGGCAUAUUUACAUAAAAGAAACAUUAUUCACAGAGAUAUCAAGGGUGCUAAUAUUUUAAUUGAUAUCAAAGGUGGUGUCAAGAUCACAGAUUUUGGUAUCUCUAAGAAACUAUCCCCAUUGAACAAACAACAAAACAAGAGAGCAUCAUUACAGGGUUCCGUGUACUGGAUGGCACCAGAAGUUGUCAAGCAAGUCGUCACUACAGAGAAGGCAGAUAUCUGGUCUGUUGGUUGCGUGAUCGUGGAAAUGUUUACAGGUAAGCACCCAUUCCCAGACUUCUCCCAAAUGCAAGCUAUCUUCAAGAUUGGUACCAACAUCAUCCCUGAGAUUCCAUCUUGGGUAUCAGAAGAGGCUAAGGCCUUCCUUUUCAAGUCUUUCGAACUGGACUAUCGUAAGAGACCUAGCAGUCUAGGGCUACUACAGGAGCCUUGGCUGAAUACGGUACUAUAA